GCGCUCAUAUUAACUGAUGGCCUUGAACGAAAUGCUCAUAGUUCGUUGUGUAUCUUGAAUAUGCUGGUUGAUGAGUCACAAGAAAUACUAAAUGAGCUUGUCGCAGAUUUCGGAUGGACUCAUGAGUUUCUUUCGCAUCCAGUCGAAUAUGGGAGAUGCUCCUACUCACGGAAUCAUUGGGUUCCUGUAAAGUCUCUCACAACACACAAUAAUUAUUGCUCAUUACGUCAACAAGGUUUCGUUAAGGAAGAGAUAGAUGUCAUGAUACCCAAUUCUAGUAUAUGUACGGCUGAAUGUUCUCAACCUACAUCUGAUUGGACAAAUGAUCCAUCUUGGAUUAUGAAUAUGCAGGCAUUUUCCACAGAUAAAUCUCAUCGGUCAUCUAAUAAUUCAUCACAAGAUGUAUCUAAAUUAGAAGUUUUAUCUAUGAUGAGAGAUGCAAAACGACGUCGUCAGAGCUAUAGAGGAAUACAUACUGCAAGAAAAUCUUAUACUGAAGUAUUACGUGAAAUUAUAGCACAACAAACUGAAAUGUUGACAGCUAGUCAAGAAUUGUCGGAACAACAGUCUCAAGAUAGAAGAUCUAAUAGUGUAGAAUCACUUUCAAAUCAAACUGAAAAUGUUCAUAAAAGAAGUCACUAUUCACACAAAUAUAAAACAUCGGAUACUUCACGAAUACAACACUAUUCUCCUUUUAAUUCUCCAUCAUCAUCAUCAGCAACAACUCGACGAUAUAAAGAAACUUAUAGAAAUACAUCCAAAUCAACUUUAAAACAUACACAUCAUCAAUCAUCCAAAUGGAAUGAUAGAAGACAAUCAUCAUCAGCAUUAUCACCAUCAUCAUCAGCAAUAUCACCAUCAUCAUCGCCAUCAUUAUCAUCAUCAUCUAAACAUAGGACUUCUAGUUCAGAGAUGAACAAAAGUUUUCAUCAUGAUAAUGAUGUUGUUUCUCCGGUGCAUAAAAAGUUAAAAAAACACAAAAAACAUUCUAAACAUAAACAUAAACAUAAAAGUAAGAAGUAAACAUUCCAGUCCUGGUUUUCAUUAUUCUAACAGAAAGAAAUUCGUUUUUGUAUUGGUUGUUUGUAUCCUUCCAUUAAUGUUUAGAAUUGCAAUGGAUCAAUCUCUUAUUGGCAUAUGUGUAUCCUGUGUGGAUUGUCUCAAUAUUGCCAGUAAGUCAUAAGAAUUUUAAAGAGAAAUAGAUGGUGGCUAGCAGUAGAAUCCAGGAUGCUUAUCUUUCGUCGUAUUUGGAACUUGUCAAAUGAAUAUCCCUGCAUUCCAAAGUUUAUAUUCACUCCUGAACUCAAAUCCAGUACCUUUCGCUUCGAAAUCCAUAUAAGUAAUUGAAGUUUAGGACUGCGAUUGAUCAGUUUCUUUUGACAUAUAUAUGCAUCCUGAGCGGAUUACCUCGAUAUUGCCUUAAGUCUCAGAGUGAAUAUCCAUUCUAAGAUUCAGGUGCAUCCAGAUGACGAGUUCCAAAUAGGCCGAAACGCGUGUCCUAGAUUCUUCUAUUAGCUACCAUCUAACUGUGCUUCAAAUUGAAUCCUAAUUUAUACUGGAGAAUAUGAUCUGAUUUUUUUUAACCACCUAUGACAAUAUCAUCAUGUUCAUUGUAUAUUCAUAUUCUAUUAAAUAAACCUAUUAUUUUCUUAUAUAAAAGAUUCUAUUCAUCUGUCAAGUGAUCUUGUCUUCGACUUCCACUUAUUCUAUUGUAUGACUAUACAUUAAAAAUACAGUCUCGUGAAUAUCCAUCAUUUAGUCAUUGUGUGGUCUUUCAUCAAUUACUGUUCGAUUCAUUAAUCUUAACAAUUAGGAUUUCAUCAUAUCAUUACCAUUAAAAACUUCUCUU